AUGGGCCGCAGGCGCGCAGAGGAUGCCGCCGCCGCCGCUCUGCUGAGGCUCGCGGGUCCGGGCACAAGACGUGGAGCCUGUCGACGAGACGGCCCGCCGCGGCGAUGGCUCAGCGUCAUCCAUGGCCACCGGCGCCACCCCCGAGAAUGCGGACGCGGCUUCGUAUCGAGAAGGGCGCCAGGCAUUGAUGUGGCGGCGGCACGGGGGUACGCGACCGCCGAGGACGCCGCCAGGCGCAUCGCCGUCGUCGGGGGCGGGCUCACGGGGCUGACGACGGCCUACUACCUGGCCAGGAUGCUGCCGCCGACGGUUGGCAUCACCCUGUACGAGAGCAGCGGGCGGCUGGGCGGCUGGAUCAAGACGGACAGGGUGCCGGUCGACGUUGAUGGCACGCGAGGCACCGUCAGCUUUGAGAGGGGGCCGAGGACGCUGUCGUCGCUGCACAACAACAAGUGGCGCUUUGACGACUUGAUUCUCUAUGACCUGGCGCUCGAUCUCGGCCUCCCCAUCUCGACGCCGGAAGACCAGCCCCGGUACAUCUACUACCCGGACCACCUCGUCCCGCUUCCGCCCGCCGUGCCUCUCCUCAACCUCGUCCGCGAGCCGCUCUUCCUCGACUCCAUGUGGGGCGCGCCCGGCUACCUGCUCCGGCGCAUGCUGCGCGAUGGCAAGCUCCCCCCCGACGACCACGACCCGUCCAUUGCCGACUGGCUGCACCACAUCACCAUGAGCCGCUCCGUCGCCGACAACAUGGCCUCGGCCAUGGUGCACGGAAUCUACGGUGGCGAUAUUGACAAGCUCAGCGCCCGCAGCGUCUUGGACCGCUUCUACUGGAACUACCACGUCCCCAAGCCCUACCAAGACGGGAGCCUAAUGCUGGCCCGCGAGCACGCCAUCCUCGAGGUCAUGUCGUCGGACGAGCAUAUUCGGAAGCUCGCCCUGCGACCCAAGGGGUCCUUACUGCACUUUGGCCCCGCGGGCAUGGAGGCGCUGACGACGGCGCUGGCUAACGCCCUGCAGAAGCAGCCUAAUGUCAACAUCGAGAUGGACACCUCGGUGCGCAGCAUCAGCUACGACCAUGGGGAACAAAAAGUCAAUGUUAUCGCAUCGAAGUCGCCCAGGGAUGAAGACUGCCGCCCCGUGGCCUACGACAGGGUCAUCUCGACCCUCUUGAGCCACGAUCUGGCCCGCAUCACAGGCGACAGCCUGCCGAGCCUGAGCGAGAAGAACACCGUCUCGCUCCUGACGGUCAACAUGUGGUACCCUCGGCAAAAUCUGAAGCCCCGCGGCUUCGGCUACUUGAUCCCGCGGUCCGUGCCGCACAAGCAGAACCCGGAGCGCGCCCUCGGUGUCUUCUUCGACUCUGACGUGGGCGUCGCCGGGCCCGACGAGCCCGCCGGCACCAAGCUCUUCGUCCUCAUGGGCGGCCACUACUACGAAUCAGACGACCCGCACGCCGUCUCGCCCCCUGGCAACGAGGGCGCCGCCAUCGCCCAGGCGCAGGCGCUGCUCGAGCGCCACCUCGGCAUCCCGCGCGCGACGCCGUGCUUCGCCAUGGCGCGCAUGGCGCCAAACUGCAUCCCCCAGCACUGGGUCGGCCACCGCGCCCGCAUGGCUCGCGCCCACGGCGAGCUCCUGGCCGCGUUUGGCGGCCGCCUCGUCGUCGCCGGCGGCUCCUACACCAACGUCGGCGCCAUGGCCGGCCUGCGCGCGGGCUGCGAGGUCGCCGGCCUGGCGGCCGACAGCGCGCGCGAGGGCACGGGGCUCGAGCAGUUUACCGAGUCUGAGGAUAUCCUCUGCGUGCCGAGCCGCAAAAUCCCCGUGCGCCGGGCGCGGGCGGGCGUGUAG